AUGACUAAGCCCCUCGCAGCAGAGCGCUGCAGCUUUUCCCCCAACGCUCGUCGCUACGUUCCUUCCAACCUCACGCCCAGAACUUACCCAGCAUUUCACCUGCAAUUCGACCGCGGAACCGCGCUUCAGACGAGACCCACCGGAGAUGACACCGGCUACGUGCUCGGUCGGAGGGAGCGCGUCCGAAGGGCGGAGCGGCGGGGCCGUGGGCGCUACCGAUGGGGAAGAACGAAAGCUGUUACUAUAACCGGCUUACUCAUGAUCAACCCCAACUACAACGGAGGGGAGCCCAAGAGGUCUCGCACCGCCUACACCAGACAGCAGGUUCUGGAGCUGGAGAAGGAGUUCCACUUCAACCGCUACCUGACCAGGAGGCGACGCAUCGAGAUCGCGCACACUCUCUGCCUCUCCGAGCGCCAGGUCAAGAUCUGGUUCCAGAACAGGCGCAUGAAGUGGAAGAAAGACCAUAAACUGCCUAACACAAAGAUGCGCUCCUCAAACCAGUCCACGCUGAGCCAGCAGUCCAAAGCACAGACACAGGUCCACCCCCACCAGCUCGACGGGGCUACACCCAACGCAAAGCGCGAUAAAUACUUGGAUCCGAGAGGGAUCAGGCACCAGGCCCUGGGGGGGCUGGCAGCUUCCCCGCCUGGCCGAGGAGCACGGACCGUCCCGGAGAAAAACGUGCAGUGCCCCUGGCAGAGCACGUUCAGCGUCAGGGAGGGGGGCGGCUGUAAACCCCCUCCGCAAACACCGCUGCCUCCAAACCUGACCGAGGAGCAGGCCCGAAAAGCACACCUUCCACUCUCGUAUAGGGGCUUACUAAAUCCUAAAUUGCCAGCUGCCUCCUGA